AUGGCAUUUACUACUCACACAACACCUUCUGGUUUCUUGCUGCCGUCCAUCCAUUCUGCCCCUCCAUUCUUCAGCCAGCAACCCAACAAAACCACGCUUGCAUCAUUCACUGAUCAUUGGAUAAAGCUUAUACUCGCAUAUGCACGACACAGAAGGCUAUUUUACCUGCAUGUAGAAGAUGCAGAGACAUCUGGCAACGACUGGGAUGAAGUACUGAAGAACGAACGAAUAAACCGUCAUGUACUUCCAGUCUAUUUAGAACAUAUCAUGGGAGUAAUGGUGGAAAAGAACCUGGCGGCAUUCGAACCAGCAAGGCAGACGAGAUCGGUCAUGCUGUAUUGGCGUUUGCCGGAGGAGUGGGCAGAGACGCUGCAUGAAUGGGCGACAUCGACUGGACACCUGAAUACCAUCAUGACCUUUUACGACGUUACGGAUCCUCCCAUCGAAUCACCGCUCUCUAGUAUUCCGGUCGCCUUGCUUCGCAAAGCAAUUGGGAUCCUGACAAAGACGAACAGGGCGCAGCUGAUUGCAGCGGCAGACGGCGAGGGCGUUAGGUUUUUUUCCAAGUAG